AUGAACCUCGUGGCCGAAGGGACCGUCAAGGAAGUGACCGUGUACAACAAGGGCGUGUCUCCUAAGAUCGUAAACUUUCACUUCGUACUUGUCCCCCAAAACGAGGAUCUCACGCUUGUGUUCUGCGACCACGACUUGCCCAACAGUGAGCUGUCGUACGUCGGUAUAUUUAUCUGUAACGGCUCUGGUGACCCACCACGACCGUCGAGAGCAUCCGCUGGUGCAUCAACGGUUGCUUCAGCCAGAACAACUCCAGGCCUAUCUUCGGUGGGUAACCAGAUCCUGGCUCCGGCCGUCAGUGCCACCACAUACAAGAUGAAGUACGGCAACCGCGGAUGGAGGCCCUGCUUCAUGGACGCCAACGAUAAGUCGAACAAGGGCAUAACAUGUAUACACGAACACCAGUCUUUCUUCUUGUCGAGGUUCUCGAAGCAGCUCCACCCGGAGGCCUGCGGUCGUCUCACGGAAACCCUAAAACCCUUCCUCUUCGAAACACUCCAGGAACAAGUCAACAUCUCACAGCCGCGGACACGACUCUACGGCUCUGGUCGUCGGCAUUGGGCUGUACCUGAACGACGACAUAGAGCGUCACAACGUUCGCGUCACGGGCGCGCGGUCGUCGACACAGAGGAUCGCGAGAAGUUGGCGGCCAAGCUGGCGGAGAUUGGCGAGACGAUCGCUCCGAGUCAGUCGAAGGGCUGCAGAUCGGCUUCUGUGCUGGUGCGUUCUGCUAUCGUUCUUGGCUUCCUCGAUUUGAUUUUCGCUGCCAAUGACGACGAGCAGCGUGUGCUGGCCACAAGGCGCUGCACGGCUCGACGUCGACGGCCAGAUCAAACAGAUUCGGGCCGAUCUGAAUCUGCACAGGUCGAGUACGAGGUAGUGCGUGACACCAAGGAUAAUUGUAUCACGGAGAACAGCAACUACUUCAAGCUCCGCUCGACAGCGCAAAAGUUUGUGCGUCACUUUGGCAUUAUGGGCGAGUUUAAUAUCCCGGAGCGUAACUGCAUCAUCGCGCCCAAGAACAGCGUGACCAAGGCGACACGGCCUACUGUGGCGCAAAGUCUGAACAACUGUGUGGUCAAGCUGCCUCGUUGGGACCUGAAGACAAGACAGUGCAAUGCUGAGCCCAAACCUGGCCGGUCUGGACGGCUGCGUCGCCGGAGGUGCGGGACGCGCGGCUUAGCUCCCCCGAUGGAUGAGCGCCUGUUCAACGUCAUUUCUGCUCUUGACGCCGGCUACACGAUCAACCGCGUGCACGAGCUGACCAAGAUCGACAAUUGGUUCCUGUCCAAGCUGCCGCGCAUCUCGUCACUGCGCUAG